UGCGCCGAGCGUUCCGUAAGCAAACUCGCGAGAGUGUCUCGUGCCGGGAGCGGCGCGGAUAAAAAUCGACCGAAUUGCAUCGCGAGCGGCGCGGGAUAGUCUCCGAAGAUCCACUAGUGAACUAUACUUGUUUCCUGAACGUCGUGUUGUUUCCUCGUUGUUGUUUCCUCGAUCACGAGAGACGAUCGCGUGAGUGUCGCGUGAACGGCCUCCGGAUUAUAAAUAUACAUAACAACAUCGUCGUCGCGAGACAAAGGGAUUCCGGUUGCCAGGAUUCCUCGAGCGUCCUGAGCGCGCGAGAUAGGCGUACAGGUAAACGGAUACUUCCGGCGGAGGUGGAGCUCGAGGAGUCGGGGAAAUCGUGUGGAGUAACGAGGCCGCCAAAUUAGGUGAAUGUCAGUUGAAGAGCACACACGAGGCAGAAUGCAAACUCGACAGAUCCUAGGCGUGUUUCAUCGCAUGCUAGAACUAAUUGUGAGAGGAAUAUCACUGUUAGUUGCCUUUAUCAGAGGCCCGGCAAAAUCUCAACCACCUAUUAAGGAUUUAACUCUCCUGUACAGCGCGACUACUUUAGCGUUAAAAAUUCGAAACAGACAAUUAACUUCGGAAGAUGUUGUAACUUCGUAUAUAGAAAGAAUAAAAGAGAUCCAGCCAAUACUCAACUGUGUAGUCGCAGAACGCUUUGAGAAGGCUCUCAAAGAAGCGAGAAUAUGCGACGAACUGUUAAAAUCUCAGGACGCUCCGUCCGUAGAGUUUCUGGCCAAAGAGAAACCAUUGUUUGGCAUACCCUUUACCACCAAGGACUGUAUCGCGGUCGAAAACAUGCAGCAAACGGCCGGUCUAGUUGUACGUAAGAACAUUAUCGUUGAUAAAGAUGCAGAGGCGAUAAAAUUAAUGAAAUCAGCUGGAGCCAUACCUCUGGCGUUGACAAACGUUUCGGAACUGGCAAUGUGGUGGGAAAGCAGUAAUUGUCUGUUCGGUAUUACCAAGAAUCCCUACAAUACAAGACAUAUUGUAGGCGGUUCUUCAGGUGGUGAAGGCUGUUUACAAGCAGCAGCUGGAUCACCGCUUGGAAUUGGGUCGGAUAUUGGUGGCUCUAUUCGUAUGCCGGCGUUCUUCAAUGGGAUUUUUGGCCAUAAGCCAUCUAAGGGAAUUGUCUCGAAUGAUGGUCAAUAUCCUAGUGCACAAAGCUAUGACCAAGAUCAAUUACUCGCCAUUGGACCAAUGUGUAGAUACGCGCAAGAUUUGACGUUAAUUCUGAAAAUUAUCGCAGAUAAAAAUGCUGACUUAUUGAAAUUAAAUCAGAAAGUGGACAUUUCGAAAAUCAAGCUCUAUUAUAUGGAGGACGACGGUGGUCAAUACCUAAUUUCGCCAGUGGAUCCAGAGAUAAAAGCCGCUAUGAAAAGAGUGGUAAAUUAUUUUGAGAAAGCGCACAAAAUUAAAGCCACGAAAUUAAAUAUAAAGAUGUUAAAAAAGAGCACAGCCCUCUGGUUGGCAAACAUGGCGUGCACGGACGAGAAAGAUUUUUCAUACGAGCUAACCAAUAGGGAAGGUCAACUUAAUAUUUGGUUAGAAUUCAUUAAAUGGAUGUUAUUUAUGAGCAAUCACACUUUAAUCGCUCUUUUCACUGCCAUGUUCGAAAAAUUCGGCAUAAAACAUGGGAGUGAAAAACAUGUACGACUUAUGCAACAGAGUAAAGAUCUUUAUCAGGAAUUCAAGGAUAUUUUGGGAGAAGACGGUGUGUUCUUGUAUCCAACACAUCCAACUGCAGCUCCAAUGCACCAUGAACCGUUGUGUAAACCGUUCAAUUUUUCUUAUACUGCAAUCAUUAAUGUAUUAGGCCUACCGGCUACGGCUUGUCCAUUAGGUUUAAAUAAACAAGGUCUUCCCAUUGGAAUACAAGUCGUAGCAGGACUUUAUCAAGAUCAUUUGACUUUCGCUAUUGCGGAAGAAUUGGAACGAGGUUUCGGAGGAUGGGUACCACCGGCAAUCGUAGCUUGACGUCAAUACUGUUGUCAUAGACAAUAAUUCUAUGAACGAGUGACACACGUAAAGCCUCAUCUUACCGAACCUUCCCAUCCUUAUCUUGCAAAGUAUUACAUUAUAUUAAAGAUUUUCCUGUAUGUAAACACUAUCGAGGUAAAGUACAAAUUAUACAUGAAUGUAUAUAUAAUAUAACAUAUAACAUAUAUACAUAUAACACAUACAUAUAAUAUAAAUAUACA